AUGUCAUCAGCGACAGUGAAACCGCCGCCAGAGCUAGAGGUGCUCACCUUUCUCUCGGAUCCCAACGCUCAGGUUCGACAGGUUGCGCUCAACAACAUCGUAGGCUUCAGCGCAAAGGAUAGCCCGCACCGCUCUCUGCUCAUCUCAAAGCACAAGAAUCGUGAUGGCUCACCGCUUCUCGGCCGCGACGGUAAAGAGGUAGACACCGUCGAAGAUCUCAAGAGGCUCUGUCAAGAUCAGCCCAUCACCGCCCACGAUGCUUUCAGCGCACUGAUCAACAUCUCCGACAGCCUCGUCUUGGCACGCAAGAUUGGCGACAAAGACUUCCUCGAAUUCCUCGUCCGAUACAUCGCCGACCCGGUCUCUUUGCUCGCCGACCUCGCAUGCAUGCUUCUGUCCAACCUUACAAAACUGGAAUCUAUCUGCGCAAUCCUGCUCGACCUGCAGGUCCAGGCUCGUCCUUUCUACAGCUUCAUGGCAUCAGAAGAGAUGGAAGGCGCCCUCAACGGCAUGGACGUGGAGCCCAAUGAUCCAGAGUUCGCUGCCAAGAAGGCAAAAGCGGAAGCUUACGCAAAGAAGGUGGCAGAGCAGGCGAAAAAGAUGGACGAAAAGGUCCCCGCCAUGGCUAGGCUCUUGGAUGCUUUCGAGGAGGGCGCCACCGCUGCUUCGCAAGGGAGCGAUCUCGAAUCCAUGAAGCAGCGGGCCAAGGACGCCGCCACCAAAGCCGAGGCAGACGAGCGUCAAGAAGCCGAAAGAGUCGAACGAGGACCAGACGGAAGGCCAAGGAUCAAGCGCAAGACCAACUGCAACUUCUUGGCGAGCGUCUUCGCCAACGUCACCGUCCUGCCACGAGGCAGGGAUUGGUUCGUCACACCAUUGUCUGCGUCUUCGGCUGCCGCGUCAGUCAUAGCUCAGGCGGCGCUGGCUCGAGGUGCCGCCGACCAAGGUGUUGCGCCGGCUGCCACAGAAUAUCCUGUUGCCCGCAUCAUGGCUUUCACCGAGCAUCCCAACUUGAUUCGUAGGGGAGGCGUCAUCAGCACGCUAAAAAACGUCCUCUUUGUCAAGUCGGCUCACAAGCUCCUUGUGGCACCACCUCCCGUGCGCGACGGUGAAGAUGAAAUGCUCGCCGGUGCACUUCGUGCCACGACCCGACCACCGUCUUCCGUCGAUAUCCUGCCGUACCUCUUGCUUCCGCUUUGCGACGGCAAAAAACUCGCCGAGGUCGAUCUCGAAGACCAGGAAGAGCUUCCCGAGGAAUGCCAAAUGCUGCCAGAGGACAAGAAGCGCGAGAAGGACCCCGCGCUGCGACACAUGCUUAUCGAAUCUCUCCUCCUUCUUUGCACCAAUAUCUAUGGCCGACAGUGCUUGCGCGCAAGAGGGGCCUAUGUGGUUGUGAGAUCAGCGCACCUCGUCGAGGCGGACGAGAAGAUUGCCGAGUCAGUGCUCAGAUUGGUCAACAUUCUCAAGAGGGACGAGUCGGCUGCAACAGCUCAGGACCUGCAAGACGAUGCCGAGGCAACUCAGCAGGACGUCGGCGCCGAGGCACAAGAGGAUGACGACUCCGAUGAUGAAGACCUGCAAAUCGAAGAGCUCUGA